AUGGAUGAGCAAGACUCAGCUGGCCCUGGAACAGGAAGAGGCCAUGCCAACCAAACUGGGAGCAGUGGGGGAUUCUGGGAAAACUCUGUGCAGAAGAUCCUGGGUGAGGAGGACACCCUCCGCUCAGAGGUGCAGAGCCAGCAGGUGAGGCAGUUCUGCUGCCAGGAGGCCAAAGGACCCCGAGAGGUUUGCAGCCGACUCUACCACCUUGACCAUCAGUGGCUGAAGCCAGAAAGGCACACGAAAGCUGAGAUGCUGGACCUGGUGAUCUUGGAGCAGUUCCUGGCUGUCCUUCCACCAGAGAUGGAGAGCUGGGUGAGGGACUGUGGAGCGGAGACCAGUUCCCAGGCGGUGGCCCUGGCCGAAGGUUUCCUCCUGAGUCAGGCAGAGGAGAGAAAGCAGGUGAGAGAGACUUUCCUCUGGAUACUCCCAAGGGGCUCCAAACAGGACAGAGAACAUCCCAUAAUUGUCUGCUGAUGGCCUAUUCUUUUUCUGCAAGGCAUCCAUGUAAUGAGAUCUAACACCCUUCAGGUUUUUGGCGCUGACAUUCAUUUUAUAAUCCUUCUCCCCAUUCUCUGUUUUGAAUCCUUGUUUCUUUCUCAGGGAAAGGAUCUCUUUGCAGAAAUGGACCUGGAUUCCUGUGAGGCAGAGAGGCCUCCGUUGGACACCAGAGAGAGGCCACUGGGUAAGGAGGAAGGAGUUUUUUCUCUGUUUAAUAAUAAUAAUAAUAAUAAUAAUAAUAAUUUUUAUUUAUACCCCGCCCUCUCCAGCCAAGGCCGGGCUCAGGGCGGCUAACAAGCAAUAAUAAAAACAAGUUGAAUGAUUACAACUUAAAAACAAAAUUAAAAUACAACAUUAAAAUAUUGAAACAUUAAAAUAUUAAAAUCUCAUUUAGUUUAGUUUAGUCUCAUUCUGCUGGUUUUCCCAACUCAUCUGUGGGUUUUUUCCAUAUUUUGUUGGGGGAGAUAGUUGGGACCAAGAGCCCAGAGGAGGGGAGAUAUAUUUUUUUCACAACUAAUAUCUGAAAUGCACCCAAAUAUCCAAAUGCACUCAGCAGGCGAGACUUUCUCAAAGGCCCCUGUGUAGUUUGAGAUGCACUGAUUAACCUGUGAGAGAAGCAAGCACUCUGGGCCUCCCCCUUACCUUUUUCCUCUUGCAGGUGACAGAAUGAUGCCCGCAAGACCUCUUCAUCCAUCUUUUCUUAGGGAGAGAAUGGAAGCAGGGGCUGUGGAUCCAGAUCAGGUCAGGGGAAGCUGCCUUGUGGGGACAGAGGCCAAGGGGUGGAACAAUGUCCUAGCUCAAGGAGUGGUGGUGAACAACAGUGUUGUCUCAGAGGAGGACAUUUCCCUUUUUUCUUUCAGGGUCCAGUGUGCUUUGAAGAUGUCGCUGUUCGUUUCACGGACGAAGAGUGGGCGUUGCUGGAUCCUGACCAGAGAGCUCUGCAUAAAGAUGUCAUGGAGGAGAAUCAUGGGAUCGUGGCCACUCUUGGUAAGGAUCCCUUUGGAAUCAUAAUCAUCUGUUUUUAAAUUCAAAACAGCUCUCUGUGAUGAACCUCAUAUAUUUUCACAGAACUCAACAGCGCCCCCUUAAGACUCCUGGGAUUACAAUAUUGCAGCUUCUAAACAAGGAUCAGUCUGGUCUGAACUCCCCAAACCAUUUUAACUUUUAACACAGGUUCCCCUAAGGAUGUCGGUUGCUCCCCGUUAAUAAAUGCACCCAACCCUUCAGAAAACCAUCCAUCUAACCCACUUGUGUUAUUCCUCUAUUACCAGGGUUAACAAGUAUUCUUCCUUAAUUUGUCCCUGAGGCACUAAUCCAUUUCUCUUCAUUGCAGAUAGUGAUGGACUGGAAAUCAAGGACAAGGGUGACCAUGACAAAAUCCCCACAAUGGAGAAGCUGUAUAAAUAUCUUGAAAGUGGGAAAAGUUCCAAUUCCACUUCCCAUCAAGGAAAUCUCAUUGGGAAGAAACCCUAUCACUGUGUGGAAUGUGGCAAGAGCUUCAGGAAGAGCUCCGAUCUCACUUCCCAUCAAAGAAUUCAUACAGGGGAGAAACCCUAUCAGUGUGUGGAAUGUGGAAAGAGCUUUGGUCAGAGCUCCCAUCUCACUAAGCAUCAAAGAAUUCAUACAGGGGAGAAACCCUAUCAGUGUGCAGAAUGUGGAAAAAGCUUCAGGAAUAGCUCCCAUCUCACUAAGCAUCAAAGAAUUCAUACAGGGGAGAAACCCUAUCAGUGUGUGGAAUGUGGAAAGAGUUUCAGUCAGAGAGUCAAUCUCACUAAUCAUGAAAGAAUUCAUACAGGGGAGAAACCCUAUCAGUGUGUGGAAUGUGGAAAAAGCUUUGGUCAGAGCUCCCAUCUCACUAAGCAUCAAAGAAUUCAUACAGGGGAGAAACCCUAUCAGUGUGCAGAAUGUGGAAAAAGCUUCAGGAAAAGCUCCCAUCUCACUAAGCAUGAAAGAAUUCAUACAGGGGAGAAACCCUAUCAGUGCUUGGAAUGUGGAAAAAGCUUCAGUCAGAGCUCCAUUCUCACUUCCCAUCAAAGAAUUCAUACAGGGGAGAAACCCUAUCAGUGUGGGGAAUGUGGAAAGAGCUUCAGGAAAAAGUCCCAUCUCACUUCCCAUCAGAGAAUUCAUACAGGGGAGAAACCCUAUCAGUGUGUGGCAUGUGGAAAGAGCUUCAGUACAAGCUCUGAUCUCACUAAGCACCAGAGAAUUCAUACAGGAGAGAAACCAUAUCAGUGUAUGGAAUGUGGAAAGAACUUCACUGAUAGCUCCAAUCUCACUUCCCAUCACAGAAUUCAUACAGGUGAGAAACCCUAUCAAUGCUUGGAAUGUGGAAAGAGCUUCAGGAGGAGCUGUAAUCUCACUUCCCAUCAAAGAAUCCAUACAAAUUUCACAAAACCCUUCAUUAUACAGCUUUCAGUUCCAGUGAAAAGCUCAGCUCUUUAACCAGCCCUUUGGCUAAUUAACAUCUAACGCCCUUUUAAAAUGUGGUGGGGAGGUGGGGGUUACAGGUUUUGGGGUGUGUGUUUUGUGUUUUCAUUGUGUGAUUUUAUGUUGUGACCGUCCUUUGACCUGUGGGUGUAGGGAAUGGGAGCCAACUCUUAGAGUCUGAGGGGUCUCUGCCCCCCAAAUAAGAUAUGUGAGGGGGCCACCCCCCAGUUCAUAGGAACAGCCAUUCAAAUGGCAUGCUUGCACCGCAUCCUGUGACUGUUUAACCGAGGCGGGGCUUACUAAACCUCUCCUAUAUUUUAUUCCAGUUGGCACCCUUGCUAUAGGGCGCUAUAGAAGUCAAAUAAAUGCAUAAAUAAAACAAAACCAUCUUGGUCGCCUUCUUUUGCACAUGUUCCAGCUUGUCAAUAUCCUUAUUAUUAUUAUCAUUUUAAAAAAAAUUGUGCCCAUCAUCUGAAGAUUUCAUGGUGAUUCACAACAUAAACAGACAGGUUGAAAGCAUGGCUUUGUCAAAAACAAGUCAAGCCAGAGAAAUCUCUCUUUUUUCUUUUUCUUUUAUUGGAUGGAGUUACAGACUGUUUCUAAGGGGACUGCUGUGGAAAUAAUGCAUCUCCAUUUCAGUAAGGCUUUUGACCAAGUCCCCCGUGAUAUUUAUGUGAGGAAGCUGGUAAAAUGAGGCUGAACAAGGUAACUGUUAGGUGGAUUUGACUGACCGAUCCCAAAGAGGACUCCUUCAUGGUUCCUCACCAUCCUGGGGAAAAGUGACAAGAGGGGUGUUGCAGGGUUCUGUCCUGGGCCCGUUGUUGUUCAACGUCUUUAUAAAUGUCUUGGAUGAAGGAACUUAGGGGAUGCUCAUCACAUUUGCAGACGACACCAAAAGGGGAGCGGAGGCCAAUGUGGCAGAAUGCAGAAUCAGAUCAAGGGCAGGAAUAGUACCACUUUCUUCUGCCUUGGUCAGACCCCACCUAGAAUACUGUGUUCAAUUCUGGGCUCCACAGUUUCAGUAUCUUAAAUUUUGUUUGCCAGGGGAAAUCAAGAAGGUGAGGGAACACAAUCCAUAUUCCUUUUAUAACAUGUGGCCAAUUUUAUUGAAUAUGUAAAUUGUUAAAACUGUUGCUGGAAUCCACCCAGCACGCAUGGGGAGAUGUGGCGUAUCAGUGUGUGGAAUGCGGAAAGCGUUUCAGCUUUAGCUCCUCUCUCGCUUCCCACCAAAGAAUUCAUACAGGGGAGAAACCCUAUCAGUGUGUGGAAUGUGGAAAAAGCUUCAGUAACAGCUCCAAUCUCCGUUCCCAUCAAAAAAAUCAUACGACGAGUGGAAAAAACCUUCAUUCUGCAGCUUUAAGCGCCAGGGAAAAACGCACCUCUUUAACCAGGCCUUUGGCUGAUUGACAUCUAACUCUCUUUUAAAAUGUGGUGGGGAGGUGGGGGUUACAGGUUUUGGGGUUUGUGUUUUCAUAUUGUGAUUUUAUGUUGUAACCAUCUUGAGAACUGUGGGUGUAGGUGUCUGGUCAUGUGGGAUUGCUAUGAGGAAUGAUGAAAAAUGAAGCAAGCUACUGUGUCAAUGGUGAAAGCAUCGCUUUGACUGGGUUUGGGUCAUUGACUUGAUUUCUGAUCGAUCCCACAAGCCUCUGCAUCUCUGCGCCAUUUUCUCUAUGUCUGUCAGUCACGUGUAAAGCAUUCUAACACAGACCAGUUGCUUACCAGGCCUCCUGGGUACAUAAAAAUAGGGAGGUAGCUUUGAUGUAGCUUUUGUUAAUCUUUAGGUAGAUCUCAGGGCCAGGAACAGAGUUCACAUGGAUGUGGUAAAAUGCCUGUCUUUCCUUUUACUGCUGGGUUUAUUACCACCGGGGUUUGUUAAUUCCUCCUUGGUUCCUGUUUAUUUAGCCUAAACAUGCAUUGCUAACGAAACUUUGAUUCUCACUGUGAUCUGUUAUAUUGUGUUAGUAUGGAUGUUGGGAACCUGGGUUACGUGUAGCCAUGUUUCAAUUUAUGUUCUAGUUUAGGAGCUGUAUCUUCAUGAUUUAUGUAUUAGCUGUCCUUCUGUCCCAGUGGGGGACGGCAUCUUACAAAACCAUCAGUUUCCUAGAGCUGCCAACUCGGCUCCACGGUGUUCCGUUUGGGUGAUGGCGUUACCCCAGCGAUGUGCUCAUUCAAAGGGUGACAAUUUCAGUGUUCCCUUUGGGUAACAACGAAUUCUGGGCAGGGAAGUUGGGAGAGCCUCUGUCUAUUUCAACACAAUCUCCGGAGUGCUAGCUUUGUCCACUCCCUCCAAUAACCAGAGCCACCUUCAGGCUCCUCUCAUCAUCUCAUGCUCCCGUGGUGGCCAGCUUGGCGGGCUGCCAACUCCGCUCUACGGUGUUCCGUUUGGACAAUGGAGUUACCUUUCAGAUGUUCUCUGCAAUACAGGCAUGGAGGGUUGUGAAAGCAAACCUCAAAUCUGUGUAGAAGAUAAACAUUGCCUUCAAGGUGUAUACAUUCUCUUUUCCAUCAAUUUCUUUUUCUGCAAAGCAUUCCAAAUCUCUGCCCCCAGCCUCCAUACUGGUUGCAUCCCAGUCUCUCCCCUUUUUCUCCUGGGGUUCCAAGUUCCCCCACGUCCUCACAAUGUCGGGGCUCCUACUGCAGUUGCUGCUGCCAAGAGCCUCGCCUUUUCCAUUCCCAACAUCCCAUUCUUCACGUGCCACCCUCAUUCCACGUCACGUACACCUUCAUCUUCAUUGCCACAUCCAGCAACUGUACUCUCUUCACAUGUUCACUGGGCGUUUGGAGCCAGGCUCCCCAGGGGUCGUGAGGCCCCCCCAGUCCCUCUUGCUUGGAUUAUUGCGCAAAAAAGGGGCUACAUGGCAAAAUAGAGACUCGAAAUGAGAAAAACUGCACUACAAGGGGUUCAAGUUGCCAUGGCUGCAAACUGCAGGGGGGGAAAUGAGACAAGGUGUACAGGUAAUGGACAGGUGCGCCUGCUUCAAAAGCCAAGGCUACAAAGGUGUACAGAAAUGCAAAAAUAAGUAAGGUGACAGUUAAAAUGAAUGCAGCUGUGUACAGGUAAACAACAGAUGAGGCCUGCUACAGCAAGCCAAGGCUACAAAGGUGUACAAACUGAGAAAAUAAGUAAGGUAACAGUUAAACCAGUACAAUCCAGUAAAGAAGACCUGUAGCCCUUUUGAACCAGUGGGAAAACAUGAGAAGCCUAUGUGCAAAAGCUUAUAGAGGUGGCCUGUCAGAAGGCCUAUAGCCUUAGCAGAAAGCGGUGGGGAAAGCUAUAGUUCACCAGGUCUUCCCCCCUUUUUUUGAAACAAGGCCUGGGAAUUCAGUAAAAAAGAUGAAUGCAAGGAACAAUCAGGGAAAGAAAGCAAAAUAUAAGAAGAUACAAUUCUUACUACAGUGGUACCUCUGGUUCAGAACUUAAUUUGUUCCGGAGGUCCGUUCUUAACCUGAAACUGUUCUUAGCCUGAGGUACCACUUUAGCUAAUGGGGCCUCCCACUACCGCCAUGUGAUUUCUGUUCUCAUCCUGAGGUAAAGUUCUUAACCUAAGGUAAUAUUUCUGGGUCAGCAGAGUCUGUAACCUGCAGCGUCUGUAACCUGCAGCGUCUGUAACCUGAAGCGUCUGUAACCUGAAGCGUCGUCUGUAACCCGAGGUACCACUGUACUAGCUAGGGAACACAAAGAAGGAAACUUCAGCUACAGCCCAUUCCCAGGCCUCAAUGCAAACCACACAGAAAGGGAAAGAGUUUGCUGAGGGAGAAGCCACACACCCACACAGCUAUUGUGUGCUAUACGUUCAGGGGUGCAGAAUAAAACAAAAAGGGGUGCAAAGAGGCCAACCAGUUAAAGAAGAAAGAGAAACCAGCAGGCCGUCAGGAAGGCCUGGAGAAAGCAAUGCGCUGGGGAAAGGGUUAAGCAAUGUGCAACCAGGAAGGUAACAACAACAACAACGCAUCUGGUCGGUUUUAUUUAUUUAUAUUUAUUUCUAUGUGCGCAUGCAGACAGUCAUUAUUAUCUCAUAUUAAAAAUGGGGAGAGGGAACCUUCUGGAAAAAAUGUAUUUCCGAGGUUUGAUGGCUCAUGACACCACUUUGUUUUGGAGGAAUACCAGUGCUUUUUUCUCUGUGGGGACGCAGGGGGACGCAUACCCCUAAACAUUUUGUUAAUUUAACUGGAGAAGAAAUUCACUGUAUUUAUUUUCCCAGAUUUGAACUGUAUUUCUUUUUCCCCAGUGGUGAUUUUCUUGAGUCAAAAUGAGAGUACCCUAAACAUUUUUUUAGAAAAAAAGCACUGAGAUAUACCAUAAAAUCAUGUAUCAAUGGAAAGAAAAUUUAAUGAGGAAUGUAAUGCAAUAACUUUUAUGAAGGAUUACACUGGUCAACAACAAAUUUGUUGUCUGCGUUUUUUCAGUUGGUUUAGGAUGAAUCUGAUGCGCUGAAUCCAAAAAUCACAUUGGUUUUGCUCAAUUAGAUCAAGUUUUUGAGCUAUGGCCACAUGUCUUUUUCUUACGUUUUUGUUCACAUGUACGCUUGUGUGGAGCAUUUUAGAAGAAGUUGGUGGGAGUAAAAUGCCAUGUCGAAUAAUUGUUUUGAUUGGAAAUGAUUAUUUUAAUGACAAGAAGUAUUCAGGUCCGAUAGUUCUGGGUGAUUAUGUCGAAAAGGGAUCAGUUUGAAGUCAUAAAACCUCGAAAUCUUCCAUAAAUUGGUGCGGCAAAGCAUAAAGUUGCUUACCAAGCUUAUUUUGGUAUUAAACUUGGUGACCAGGAUAAAGCUUGGGCGCCACACAUGGUGUGCAAGGCAUGCACUGAGACUCUACAUGGGUGGACCAAUGGCAAGAAGAGUCUGAACUUUGGAAUUCCCAUGGUUUGGAGGGAACCGACAAACCAUGUCACUGACUGCUACUUCUGCGCUGUUGAUGUGUCUGGGAUCAACAGAAAGAACUGGAGCAGCCUCAAGUAUCCUGAUCUUCAAUCUGUCGGGAUUCAAGCCUAUAUAAGUAGUAACUGGCAACUCUCCAGGCAUCCGGCUUGAUCUCCUGUUGACCUCCCUGUCAGCAUUCCUCAGCAAGAUCCAGGCAGAGGUCGCAAUAGGCGAUCCUUCUCAGCGUGAGAAGAACACACCCCCUCUUUGUUGCCCCCCCGGCAGGGGAAAGAGAUAGACAGAAACGUUUUUGCAUGCCUUUAUUUCUGUCUUUGCAGCGUUACAAAAAACAUGACUGCUCUCUUCAAACUCCAGCAGUCGAGAGACAAAAACUUCCUGUACUUCCUGUACAGCUCAUAUUACACUCUGAGCUAAUUCCGGUGCUUCGCACUGUGAAUUGACUGUCCCUCUGUUUCCCACGGACAGUCCCAACAUCAUGUGGUGUUUUCAAGCUAGCAGCUCGCAGCUACAUUGCUUCUAUAUCAUAACACAAUCAGCACGUCGUGCUGUAGCUCAUUGUGAUGAAAUUCCAGUGCCUAUCUUCAGAGAACUUCCUGACAUUAGUGACGAAGAUGCCUCCAGUGUUGAAGGACAUGAAGAAGAAGAAGUGGUUCUUGAAGAUGAUGCUCCACAUCCAUUUUCGCAAAAGGAGUUGAAUGAUCUAGUUCACGACCUCAGCUUGUCAAAGGACUCUGCCAAACUGUUGGCAUCCAGAUUGAAGGAAAAAAACCUCCUUUCUGACAGUGCUCGCAUCAGCUUCUUCCUCAACAGGCAUCAAGAGUACCUCCGUUUUUUCUUGGAAGAGAAGGACUUGGUGUACUGUGCAGAUAUUGCGCAGCUUCUGCUCAAGCUUGGAGUGCCACAGUACGAACCCAAAGAUUGGAGACUGUUCAUUGACAGCAGCAAGCGAUCACUGAAAUGUGUUCUGCUACACAACGGCAACCAGUUUGCCUCUAUACCCCUGGCUCACUCGACUACACAACGGCAACCAGUUUGCCUCUAUACCCUGGCUCACUCGACUACACUGAAGGAGAACUAUAAAGCAGUGAAGUAUGUGCUGGAGAAAAUUGGUUAUGAUCAGCAUAAGUGGUUUAUUUUUGUUGACCUGAAGAUGGUGAACUUUUUGUUGGGACAACAGUCUGGCUUCACCAAGUACCCAUGUUUUCUGUGCAUGUGGGAUAGUAGGGACCGUGCUCAGCAUUACAUGAAGGACUGGCCUGUGCGGGAGGAAUUGGUGCCUUGCAAAGAAAGGAACGUCAUCAACAACCCUCUUGUGGACAGAGACAGAAUACUCAUCCCACCGCUGCACAUCAAGCUCGGCUUAAUCAAGCAGUUCACCAAGGCUCUGGACAAGGAUGGUGACUGCUUCACUUACUUGUGCCAGGCUUUUCCAGGAUUGACCAUGAAUAAGUUGAAAGCUGGCAUCUUUGACGGUCCUCAGAUCCAUCAGCUCAUCAGAGACCCAGAGUUCGGAAACUCAGUGAACGAAGUGGAACUGGAAGCAUGGAAGGCAUUUGUUCUGGUAGUGAAGAACUUUCUUGGCAACAAUAAGGCCAGAAACUACGCAGAACUUGUCAACAACAUGCUGACUGCUUUCAGAAACCUGGGCUGCAACAUGAGCAUCAAGAUGCACUACCUAUUUUCACAUGUGGACCGGUUUCCUGAGAACCUGGGUUCAAUGAGUGACGAGCAGGGGGAGAAAUUCCAUCAGAACAUGAAAGAGAUGGAGACCAGGUAUCAGGGUCGCUGGGACACAGUCAUGAUGGCUGACUACUGUUGGACUCUGAAGAGAGACCUCCCUGCCGCUGAGCAUUCCAGGAAGUCCAAGAAAUGGAAGUUCAAGCCCUGAAGUUUGAAAAAUGGUGACGCAACAUGCAGUUUACGUGUACUUACCUUUAUCAAUGCCCACCAUUCAGUUUACAGUAAUCGAUGUUUCUGUCAGGUAAUCAAUAUAUGUUGUUGGGAAAACAUUUUUUUCUCUUAAAAACAUAUUUAGGAUGAUAUGUGUUAUGUACUGAGUUGAAUAGGCUCCAAACUGCAGCAGUCUGAUUGGUCCUAGAACAAUAGGAUUCAGAAUGCAGCAGUCUGAUUGGUCCUAGAACAAGGCAGCAGUAUGAUUGGACGGCAGGAGCCACCCAAUCCAGCUCCAGAUAGAAGUGAAUCCACAACCUGAUUGGCCUACAGGAGAAGUCCGGAAUUAGCCAAUCACGUGCAGCCCAUUGUGUAAAUAAUGUAUAUAAAGCAGAUACUUUGAGGGGACAUUCAUUCCCUCCUCACCACUAAGAGCUGAAUAAAGAGCAUGAAAUCACUUUGCGACUCUGAGUAUAUUUCACUGGCGACGAAGGUGGGAUCCCGCUGAGCUGACCGCCACACACAGCACUGCAGCACCGCCACCUGCCGCACCGCUGCCUCGCACCGUGUAUCCAGGCUUCAGCUCCAGGACACAAGGAACUCAGAAUGGCAACCGACAGCAGCUUCUCGCCGUUCAACCCAGCAUCCGGAGACUGGGAAGCGUACGCCUCCCGCUUCACCUUCCUCCUAGAAGCCAAAGGGGUCACCGACGAAGAAGACACCAAGAAGAGGGCGAUAUUCUUCAGCGUCUGCGGAGAGGAGACGUUUGAAAUCGCCCAGGCUCUCCUUGCGCCUGAAGACAUCGCUACUGUUCCAUACAAAACAAUAAUGGAACAGUUGAAGGGGCACUUUUCGCCGCAGCCCUCAGUGGUGGCUCGUCGAAAUGCCUUCUACACAAAGCGGCAAGCCCCUGGGGAAACCAUAACUGGGUUUGUGACCUCUCUCCGCCAAGCCGCCGGGUUCUGCAACUUCUCAGAGUUGGAGAACAUGCUUCGUGACCGCCUUGUCGGUGGCCUGAAGGAUGAGAAGCUGCAACGACGCCUCUACGCUAAGAAGGACCUAAUGUUCCAGGUCGCUCUGGAGGUGGCCCUGGCAACGGAAGCUGCCAAGAGGUCGACGCAAGAGGCACGGCCGAGCCUGCUGUCCCAACCGAGGGUCCACCAUGAAGACCUCACCGACGACUCAGGAUCUGACAGGGAGGAGGUGCACCGACUACAGCAGCGCACUCAAGCAGCACACAUACCACAGCUGCCUCGACGAGAAGGAGGGAACUGCGCAAGCUGCGGGGAAAGUCACGAGAGGAGGACCUGCCGUUUCCGCAACGCAGAGUGCAGGCAGUGCAGAAAAUCGGGACACAUCGCUCGGGUGUGUCGGGCUCGGCCCACCCGACGCCAGGUAUCAGAUGACCAAUCCAAGAGCCCCAGGUCCCAGGGCCCAACGCACCAAGGCAACUCGACGGAGCUCACGGACUUCCAGGUAUACCAGUUGCCCCACCCCAACGUAGAGAAAAUUUAUGUAGAGGUACAGAUAAAGGGGGCCCCGUGCCGCAUGGAGCUUGACACGGGUUCAACUCUAUCCAUAAUCUCGACAAGGACCUUAAGGAAACUGUGUCCUACUGGGGGUCCCAAACUCAGGCUGGCCCCAUUCACCCUCCAGGACUUCCAGAAACAUAAGGUCCCCACAAUGGGGGUGGGGAACUUCAGGGUGCAAUAUCAAGGGCGGACGCGGCAACUGGACUUGCUUGUGGUCAAGGGCCCCUACAUUAGCUUACUGGGAUUGGCAUGGUUUGGACCACUGGGGCUAGCCAUCACCGGGGUGAACCGCACUAGCUUACAAGUGGACGUGGACGCCAUAUGCAAGGAAUUUCCGGGGGUUUUCGAUGGGAAAUUGGGACAGUAUACACCCCCCCAUUGCUCUACAGCUUGACCCCGCAGUACGACCUGUCAGGCUCAAGGCCCGCCGGGUCCCGUUCGCCCUGAAACCCCGUAUAGACAUGGAAUUGGACCGACUCGUGGAGCAAGGAGUGCUGGAGCCGGUGCCUAAUGCCCCCUGGGAAACCCCAAUCGUCACACCCGUCAAGCCUAAUGGUUCGGUCCGCAUCUGCGCAGACUACAAAUGUACCAUAAACAAGGCCCUCACGGCCCACGCAUACCCAGUGCCAGUGGUCAGCCAUGUCCUUGCCACUCUGGCUGGGUCAAAAAUCUUUGGCAAGCUGGACUUGGCCCAAGCAUAUCAACAGCUGCCAGUAGAUGAGGCCACAGCAGAGGCACAGACGAUUGUGACGCACAGAGGAGCGUUCAGGGUAAAGCGGCUGCAAUUCGGUGUCAGCGUGGCACCAGGCAUAUUCCAGAAUCUAAUGGACUCUCUCCUUAAAGGGAUUCCUGGCGUCACCCCCUUCUUCGAUGAUGUGUUGAUUGCUGGGCCCACACCAGAGGAGUUUGAGGACCGCCUCCGCACCGUUCUGCACCGUUUCCAGACGGCGGGUCUCAAGGUGAAGCGGGAAAAAUGUCUACUAGGAGUGCCUCAGGUGGACUUUCUGGGAUUUAUGGUGGACGUAGAAGGGGUCCACCCGACUGGGGACAAGGUACGGGCCAUUUGUGAUGCCCCAGCGCCCAAGAGCAAGACUGAACUUCAGGCCUUCUUGGGACUAUUGAACUUUUACCAAUCCUUCCUUCCCCACAAGGCGGCAGUAGCGGAGCCCCUACACAGACUCCUGGACAAGCAGGCCCCUUGGGUGUGGGGCCAGCGCCAGGAGGCCACAUUCCAGGCAGUCAAGAACUUGCUUGUCUCAAACUCGGUCUUGGCACACUUCGACGAGAGGCUGCCGGUGGUGCUAGCAUGCAACGCCUCGCCCUAUGGCAUUGGCGCUGUCCUGGGACACCAACUCCCGGAUGGAAGAGAGGUACCAGUGGCAUACUUUUCCCAGACACUCAACGCAACCGAGCGGAACUACUCAACAAGGAGGGUCUGGCAAUCGUGAAGGGAGUAAAAAAAUUCCAUGAUUUCUUGUAUGGGCGGCCCUUUACCGUGGUGACUGACCACAAGCCGUUGCUUGGCUUGUUUGCCCCCAAAAAGCAGACCCCCCAAGUACUGUCUCCUCGCAUCCUCAGGUGGUCAAUUUUCCUUGCCAGCUACCAGUAUGCACUGAUUCACCAUCCUGGGAAGGCGAUGGGCCAUGCAGACGCCCUCAGCAGGCUACCACUACCGAAAACAGGCCCUGACCCAGCACCUGCACAAGAGGUUAUGAGCCUGGAGCUGCUUCCCGACCGCCCUAUUCAGGCACAAGAGGUUGCACACAAUUCCAAGAAAGAUAGGAUCAUCUCCCAGGUCCUGGACUGGGUGUGGAGGGGAUGGCCCAGCAGCAGCCCCGGGCCAGAAUUCACCAGCUACACAACCCGCAAACAUGAACUGUCGGCCCACAAGGGGUGCCUGUUAUGGGGAAGCAGGGUCGUUGUUCCCCAGCCCCUCCGCAAAAGGGUCCUCACAGCCCUACACGAGACACCCAGGGGUAGUGAGAAUGAAGGCCCUUGCCAGGAGUUAUGUGUGGUGGCCGGGGAUCGAUGGAGAGAUAGAGGCCUGGGUCAAACACUGCCAGGCCUGCCAGGAAUCCCGCCCAGAUCCCCCAAGGGCCCCAGUCCAGUCCUGGGAGUCCGCCCGAGCACCAUGGUCACGCCUGCAUGUGGACUUCACUGGCCCCUUUCAGGGGAAAACAUUCUUCAUAGUGGUGGACUCCUACACCAAAUGGCUGGAAGUCGCACUGGUACCGUCCACUUCAUUCCUCCUCACCACUAUGAGCUGAAUAAAGAGCAUGAAAUCACUUUGCGACUCUGAGUAUAUUUCACUGGCUGUGAUGGGGCCGUUCGGUCUGGUGCAACCGGCUCGCUCAGUCGUGGUUCUGGUUCCGGUGUCCUUUCGGCCUCACGGGUCCUCUCUGUAUUUACUGAUUCCGCCUCUCCUGCUGGCCCCUCCUGCUCUAUGGGCCUCACUGCCCCGCUGUUCCCUUGGGACUCCUCUGACCUGUCCUCCUCCUGGUUUUCUCCCGGGAAUCGUCGCCGUAUCUGGUCGCAGUGGCGGCGCCAGCAUUGCCCCCCAUCCGGUAGCGCCUCGUACGACACGGGGCCAGUGACCCUGGUGACUGUGGCGGGUACCCGUGCUGGGCCUGCCCCAAAAUUCUUUGCGUACACUGGGUCCUGCGCCUCAAAGGUCCGGGGGUUCCUGCCUUCCCCCACCACUACCUCAUCCUGAGCUCUAUUGGGGUGAAGGCGGUCCAAUCUGAUUGCAAGGCACCGACCCAUUAGUAGUUCAGCAGGGCUCCGGCCAGUCGUUGAGCUGGGGGCGCUGUGCUGUGCUAGAAGGAAUGUGGCAAGGCGGUACUCCCAGUCCCCUUGCGUCAUGCGGCGAAGGGUGUCCUUGGUGGUCCGCACCAUGCGUUCUGCCUGGCCAUUGGUGGCAGGGUGGAACGGCGCCCAACGGAUGUGGCGGAUGGCGUUCUGCGCUGUGAAGGUUUGGAAUUCUCCUGACGUAAAUGCGGUCCCAUUGUCUGAGACGAGAGUGUCAGGGAGCCCGUGGGUUGCAAACAGCCUGCGUAGUACCCGGAUGGCUGCGGAUGUGGAAGUGGACGGUACCAGUGCGACUUCCAGCCAUUUGGUGUAGGAGUCCACCACUAUGAAGAAUGUUUUCCCUGAAAGGGGCCAGCGAAAUCCACAUGCAGGCGUGACCAUGGUGCUCGGGCGGACUCCCAGGACUGGACUGGGGCCCUUGGGGGAUCUGGGCAGGAUUCUUGGCAGGCCUGGCAGUGUUUGACCCAGGCCUCUAUCUCUCCAUCGAUCCCCGGCCACCACACAUAACUCCUGGCAAGGGCCUUCAUUCUUACUACCCCUGGAUGUGUCUCGUGUAGGGCUGUGAGGACCCUUUUGCGGAGGGGCUGGGGAACAACGACUCUGCUUCCCCAUAACAGGCACCCCUUGUGGGCCGACAGUUCAUGUUUGCGGGUUGUGUAGCUGGCGAAUUCUGGCCCGGGGCUGCUGCUGGGCCAUCCCCUCCACACCCAGUCCAGGACCUGGGAGAUGACCCUAUCUUUCUUGGAAUGGUGUGCAACUUCUUGUGCCUGAAUGGGGCGGUCGGGAAGCAGCUCCAGGCUCAUAACCUCUUGUGCAGGUGCUGGGUCAGGGCCUGUUUCUGGUAGUGGUAGCCUGCUGAGGGCGUCCGCAUGGCCCAUCGCCUUCUCAGGUCAGUGAAUCAGUGCAUACUGGUAGCUGGCAAGGAAAAUUGACCACCUGAGGACGCGAGGAGACAGUACUUGGGGGGUCUGCUUUUGGGGGGCAAACAAGCCAAGCAACGGCUUGUGGUCAGUCACCACGGUGAAGGGCCGCCCGUACAAGAAAUCAUGGAAUUUUUUUACUCCCUUUACGAUUGCCAGACCCUCCUUGUCGAUUUGCGAGUAGUUCCGCUCGGUUGUGUUGAGUGUCUGGGAAAAGUACGCCACCGGUACCUCUCUUCCAUCCGGGAGUUGGUGCCCCAGGACAGCUCCAAUGCCAUAGGGUGAGGCGUCGCAUGCUAGCACCACCGGCAGCCUCUCGUCGAAGUGUGCCAAGACCGAGUGUGAGACAAGCAAGUCCUUGACUGCCUGGAAUGCAGCCUCCUGGCGCUGGCCCAACACCCAAGGGGCCCGCUUGUCCAGGAGUCUGUGUAGGGGCUCCGCUACCGCCGCCUUGUGGGGAUGGAAGGAAUGGUAAAAGUUCAAUAGUCCCAAGAAGGCCUGAAGUUCAGUCUUGCUCUUGGGCGCUGGGGCAUCACAAAUGGCCCGUACCUUGUCCCCAGUCGGGUGGACCCCUUCUGCGUCCACCAUAAAUCCCAGAAAGUCCACCUGAGGCACUCCUAGUAGACAUUUUUCCCGCUUCACCUUGAGACCCGCCGUCUGGAAACGGUGCAGAACGGUGCGGAGGCGGUCCUCAAACUCCUCUGGUGUGGGCCCAGCAAUCAACACAUCAUCAAAGAAGGGGGGUGACGCCAGGAAUCCCUUUAAGGAGAGAGUCCAUUAGAUUCUGGAAUAUGCCUGGUGCCACGCUGACACCGAAUUGCAGCCGCUUUACCCUGAACGCUCCUCUGUGCGUCACAAUCGUCUGUGCCUCUGCUGUGGCCUCAUCUACUGGCAGCUGUUGAUAUGCUUGGGCCAAGUCCAGCUUGCCAAAAUUUUCGACCCAGCCAGGGUGGCAAGGACAUGGCUGACCACUGGCACUGGGUAUGCGUGGGCCGUGAGGGCCUUGUUUAUGGUACAUUUGUAGUCUGCGCAGAUGCGGACCGAACCAUUAGGCUUGACGGGUGUGACGAUUGGGGUUUCCCAGAGGGCAUUAGGCACCGGCUCCAGCACUCCUUGCUCCACGAGUCAGUCCAAUUCCUCGUCUAUAUGGGGUUUCAAGGCGAACGGGACCCGGCGGGCCUUGAGCCUGACCGGUCGUACUGCGGGGUCAAGCUGUAGCGCAAUGGGGGGGCCCGUAUACUGUCCCAAUUUCCCAUCGAAAACCCCUGGAAAUUCCUUGCAUAUGGCGUCCACGUCCACUUGUAAGCUAGUGUGGUUCACCCCGGUGACAGCUAGCCCCAGUGGUCCAAACCAUGCCAAUCCCAGUAAGCUAAUGUAGGGGCCCUUGACCACAAGCAAGUCCAGUUGCGGCGUCCGCCCUCGAUAUUGCACCCUGAAGGUCCCCACCCCCAUUGUGGGGACCUUAUGUUUCUGGAAGUCCCGGAGGGUGAAUGGGGCCGGCCUGAGUUUGGGACCCCCAGUAGGACACAGUUUCCUUAAGGUCCUUGCCGAGAUUAUGGAUAGAGUUGAACCCGUGUCAAGCUCCAUGCGGCAAGGGGCCCCCUUUAUCUGUACCUCUACAUAAAUUUUCUCUACGUUGGGGUGGGGCAACUGGUAUACCUGGAAGUCCGUGAGCUCCGUCGAGUUGCCUUGGUGCGUUGGGCCCCGGGACCUGGGGCUCUUGGAUUGGUCAUCUGAUGCCUGGUGUCGGGUGGGCCGAGCCCGACACACCCGGGCGAUGUGUCCCGAUUUUCUGCACUGCCUGCACUCUGCGUUGCGGAAACGGCAGGUCCUCCUCUCGUGACUUUCCCCGCAGCUUGCGCAGUUCCCUCCUUCUCGUCGAGGCAGCUGUGGUCUGUGCGCUGCUUGAGUGCGCUGCUGUACUCGGUGCACCUCCUCCCUGUCGGAUCCUGAGUCGUCGGUGAGGUCUUCGUGGUGGACCCUCGGUUGGGAUGGCAGGCUCGGCCGUGCCUCUUGGGUCGACCUUUCGGCAGCUUCUGUUGCCAGGGCCUCCUCCAGAGCGACCUGGAACGUUAGGUCCUUCUUAGCGUAGAGGCGUCGUUGCAGCUUCUCAUCCUUCAGGCCACCGACAAGGCGGUCACGAAGCAUGUUCUCCAGCUCUGAGAAGUUGCAGAACCGGGCGGCUUGGCGGAGAGAGGUCACAAACCCAGUUAUGAUUUCCCCAGGCGCUUGCCGCUUUGCGUAGAAGGCAUUUCGACGAGCCACCACUGAGGGCUGCGGCGAAAAGUGCCCCUUCAGCUGUUCCAUUAUUGUUUUGUAUGGAACAGUAGCGACGUCUUCAGGCGCAAGGAGAGCCCGGGCGAUUUCAAACGUCUCCUCUCCGCAGACGCUGAAGAAUAUCGCCCUCUUCUUGGCGUCUUCUUCGUCGGUGACCCCUUUGGCUUCUAGGAGGAAGGUGAAACGGGAGGCGUACGCUUCCCAGUCUCCAGAUGCUGGAUUGAAUGGCGAGAAGCUGCUGUCGGUUGCCAUUCUGAGUUCCUUGUGUCCUGGAGCUGAAGCCUGGAUACACGGUGCGAGGCAGCGGUGCGGCAGUUGGCGGUGCUGCAGUGCUGUGUGUGGCAGUCAGCUCAGCGGGAUCCCAUCCUCGUCGCCAGUGAAAUAUACUCAGAGUCGCAAAGUGAUUUCAUGCUCUUUAUUCAGCUCAUAGUGGUGAGGAGGAAUGAAUGAAUGUCCCCUCACAGUAUCUGCUUUAUAUACAUUAUUUACACAAUGGGCUGCACAUGAUUGGCUAAUUCUGGAAUUCUACUGUAAGCCAAUCAGGUUGUGGAUUCACUUCUAUCUGGAGCAGGAUUGGGUGGUUCCUGCCAACCAAUCAUACUGCUGCAUUGUUCUAGGACCAAUCAGACUGCUGCAUUCUGAAUCCUAUUGUUCUAGGACCAAUCAGACUGCUGCAGUUUGGAUCCUAUUCAACUCAGUACAUAACAGCCAGCAUCCUUGGAACAUGAGCCAGAACCUGAACCCCGGACCAGGGAACACCACAGGCCGCAACGCACACGUAGGCCGCCGGCGUACCUCGAGGACUAUGAAUGCGACCUCCCGGGCAGGAAUGGAACUUAGAGGGGAGGGGUGUUAUGUACUGAGUUGAACAGGAUCCAAACUGCAGCAGUCUGAUUGGUCCUAGAACAAUAGGAUCCAAAAUGCAGCAGUCUGGUCCUAGAACAAUGCAGCAGUAUGAUUGGUCGGCAGGAACCACCCAAUCAUGCUCCAGAUAUAAGUGAAUCCACAACCUGAUUGGCCUACAGGAGAAGUCCGGAAUUAGCCAAUCACGUGCAGCCCAUUGUGUAAAUAAUGUAUAUAUAGCAGAUACUUUGAGGGGACAUUCAUUCCCUCCUCACCACUAUGAGCUGAAUAAAAAGCAUGAAUGUGUUGACAAAAAUCAGCUGAUGCCACAAAAAUGUAAUCAAUUCAAAUCAACAUAGCACAAAAACCUGACCUGAUGGAGAGAAACAGAUGCCAUUUCCUGAUUCAGCAGUGCAAAAAUACCCUAAAGCAGUUGUAGAAAUCUAGACAACAUUCAAAAAGUAAAAAAUUGUUGCCCAGUGUUAUUUAUUACAACAGCAGUCAUAAAGAAGAAACGUGAAAACACAGGAAAAAUGAGAUAUGCAGGUUAAAUUGCCGUGUUGACCCUUUGCGAUAAAAUCAAUGGGUUUGGGGUUGCAGUUUGGGGACUCGUUUUGUAAAAGGUUCGCCAUCACUGCGCUAGAAGGAAAGGAAAGUGGAGGGGGCGUCCCCCAAAAAGCAUCUCUGGAAGUGUGGGGAAAGAAAGAAAAACGCGGAGGGGAGAGAUGGGCACGCUGGGCUUGGCAAGGGUUAAAGGAACCGAGCCGCCUUCCUAGAGAGGCCAGGAAGCAAGGUCCUCCAGAGCCAAGCCCCCUCCCUCCCCAGUCCUUUCCUGCUUCGCUGUCCCCUCCUGGGAUCUGGUGAGUCUCCUCAAUCUCUGGGAUCUGGUGGGGGUCCCAGGGCUGCAGCAAGGGAGGAGGCAGGGGGGGCCUGAUCUGCUCCUGCAGGGGGGGGACCCCAAGUCAGGGAGGAGAGGGUCCUGCCAGGGAGGGGCCAGGUCUGCCACGCUCUCCUUCCUGCAGAUCAGAGGAUCCCAAACUCAUUUGGCCCUCCGCCCCCCCCUUCAGAAAAGAUCUCCCUUCUUUAAACAAAGGAGUCCCUGGGACUUUAACUCUGUGUGACAUCGCUCAGCCUCAUUGCACAACAGAGGAAAUAUGUGCAAAUGGUUUUCCAAAGCUGGACGGGGAGGUGGACUAGACCCCCCCCCAAAAAAAGGUGGGAGAGAAAGGCCAGAAAUAAAGAGAGGGAUCCCAGCCCAGAGUCCGGUGGCUGCAUUGGGGACCAGUUUUCAAGGGCAGCUCGCCACGGAGGCCACUGCAGCAAUCCCCUCGUGUUAAGCUAUCUAAUAGAAUAAUCAUAAUAAAUUACCUGCCUAAAUUUCAAGGGAGAGGUAUUUGGCCCCGGCCACUUGGCCCUCAGGGGGUUGGCCAGGUGCAUACCUGGCCCUCAGACCACAGAAAAAGGGAGCCCACCCCAGGAGUCUGCCUGGAGAGCGGCGGAGAGUCCAAGUGCUAGAAAUGGAGACAGAAGCGGGGGAGUGGGGGUGGGGGGAGGAACUCCUGAGGACCCCCGGGUGAGGACCCCCACUAGAGCCAAGCAUUCAUUUUCCACAAGAUACAAAUAACUCCCUUGUCAGUCAGUUUUGACUUCAUGCAUUGACUGGACGGCAGGAGAAACCAGGCUGAUUCAUCUCCCAGAAAUCCCUUCAGUUGCCUCCACAUUUUGCAUUGCAAUCUUCCUUCUAGGACAGCUAGGGUCUGCUUUCUUCUUCUUCUUCUUCUUCUUCUUCAGAUAGCUCAUGGUAUGGGCUGUGGUGCAGUCCAGCCCUGGUUCCCUCCAAGACUCAUCCAUGCUUGCUCGGGAUCCUGUUCCUUCUUCUGACCUACAUAUUCUGUAACAAAACAAUGUGUUUGCUUGGUAGGAUUUGCUAGAGCUUCUCAUUUAGACGGACAGAACUUGGCAGAAGACCAAAGGGUUCCUUCUGACCUUUCUGAGGCUUCCUGACAGCACAGAUGGAUGAGCGAGACUCAGCUGGCCCUGGAGCAGGAGGAGGUGAUGCCAUCCAAACUGGGAGCAGUGGGGGGUUAUGGGAAAACUCUGUGCAGAAGAUCCAUGGUGAGGUGGACACCCUCCGCUCAGAGGUGCAGAGCCAGCAGUUGAGGCAGUCCUGCUGCCAGGAGGCCAAAGGACCCCGAGAGGUUUGCAGCCGACUCUACCACCUUGACCAUCAGUGGCUGAAGCCAGAAAGGCACACGAAAGCUGAGAUGCUGGACCUGGUGAUCUUGGAGCAGUUCCUGGCUGUCCUUCCACCGGAGAUGGAGAGCUGGGUGAGGGACUGUGGAGCGGAGACCAGUUCGCAGGCGGUGGCCCUGGCCGAAGGUUUCCUCCUGAGUCAGGCAGAGGAGAGGAAGCAGGUGAGAGAGACUUUCCUCUGGAUACUCCCAAGGGGCUCCAAACAGGACAGAGAACAUCCCAUAAUGGUCUGCUGAUGGCCCAUCCUUUUUCUGGGAAGGCAUCCAUGGAAUGAGAUCUCGUACUCUUCAAGUCUUUGUCAUUCUCUUUCUAGUAUUUCUCACCAUUCUCUGUUUUGAAUCCUUGUUUCUUUUUCAGGGAAAGGAUCUCUUUGCAGAAAUGGACCUGGAUUCCUGUGAGGCAGAGAGGCCUCCGUUGGACACCAGAGAGAGGCCACUGGGUAAGGAGGCAGGUGGUUUUUCUCUGCGUGGUCUCAUUCUGUUGGUUUUCCAACUCAUCUGAGGAUUCCUUUCAUCUUGUUUUGGGGGGAGACAGUUGGGAACAAGGGUCCAGAAGAGGGGAGAUGUAUUUCUGCACAAACAAACAUAUUAAAUGGGCACAAACGUCCAAAUACUCUCAGUAGGUAAGUCUUUCUCAAAGGCCCAUCUGUAGUUAGAGAUGCCCUGUUUCACCUGUGAGAGAAGCAGGCACUCCUGGCGUCCUGCUUACCUUUUUUCUCUUGCAGGUGACAGAAUGAUGCCGGCAAGACCUCCUGAUCCGCCUUUUCAUGGGGGCAGAAGGGAAGCAGCGGCUGUGGAACCAGAUCAGGUCAGGGGAAGCUGUCUUGUGGGGACAGAGGCCGAGGGAUGGAGCAAUGUCAUCGACUGGUUGGGCACAGAGGAGUGGUGGGAGGAAGCAGCCGGGGAACCAGGAAGGGAAGAUGGCUCAGAGCCCAAGGAGUGGAGGUGGAGGGAGGAUGGGCGGUCAGAGGGAGAAGAGGGAGAAGCUGUUGCGUUCACAAAGUAAAGGAAGGCUUGAACUCUGAUUAAUAAGAAUACACACAGAGACUUGAACCAGCAAGACUCUGGGAAGGGUGCGUAUAAUCGUGUCUCUCUGUGCUUGUCCAUAUGCAGCCCCUGGCCCAGGUAGUUUUAUUCACAAAAAAGCUUUUUACAGAGUGUUCGAAAGAACCAAUCAGAUUUCUUCUGAGCAUUUCAACAAACCCACGUGGGGACAAAGUUAAAUCAAAAUAAAUUCUUUUAACUACAAAGACUACUACUCUGAGCAUGCAUACAUAAUCUGAGAGUAAAUAAAAGAGGACUAGAGAAACUCCGGAGAUCAUAAACAGGAGUAAACAGGAGAGGAUGGAAGGAGAUAGGCAUCUUUAUCACCUUCCUGUGAAGCUAUUUCCAGGCCCUAAGAUCAACAUAUCAGAAAGCUACAUCAAAGAAGCUUGCCCACUAUCUUUAAUGACCCAGGAUGCCUGCCUGGCUAAGCAACUGGGCUGUGUACGUUGACUUGUGAAGUAGAGAGAAAUGGGCAGUAGAGGAAAUGGCCAGAGAUGCAGAGGGUUGUGGGAUUUGGUCAGAAAUUAUUGUCAAUGUAUCAAGCCCAGUCAACACAAUGCUUUCAUCGUGGACACAAUGGCUUGAUGUAUAUUUUAUAAUUCCUCAUGGUAAUCCCAUCUGAUCACUACAGAAGCCUGGGAAGAGGAGGUGUCAGAAGCUGAAGGGGUAACAGGGCUUAGUGAGCUGGGAGACUCUGUGGCAGAAUGCAGUGCAGAAUCAGAGGCAGAAGAGGAAGGAGGCCAGUGGGAGGAGGGAGGUCAAGAGGCUGAGGUGAGUCAGGAGAAGGAGGAGCCACCGGUGGCUCCCUCUCCUUCUGCCAGAAGCCACCCUCCCUGCUUGUCUCUCAGACCCAGGAGACCCCCUGCACUGCAGGAAUCUCUGCUAGAUCAUCCAAGACAGAUGGACAUCCAAGAUAGGCUUAUUUUAUUUCUAGAUUGAUCACUGAAUGCUAAAAUUGGUUUCUAAGCAGCGGACAAAUGAGAACAAAUAAUGGCCUGGGUUCAACUAACCAGCCCCAUCCACUGCAAAAUGGGGACUGCCCCCCAUUCCUCCCCCUCUCCAUGCCCCCAUGAACCCCUGGAAUUUGGCUCUAGGGCAUUGGGAGGGAACCUUCCCAGAACAGCUCACAAGGAGAGGAGAAUGUGGAUCCUUCCAUCAGGCAAACUGGAACGCUUGCGAAGGCAGAAUGACUUGAAAAACACAAGGCGGAGUAACACCUAUUUGCACAAAGACGGAUACCCAUAGUUAAAAUGCAGAAUAAAAGAAGCACCCAUAAUUAAAAUGUGCAGCAAAGCAAUCCUAUUGAAACAACACAGCAAUUUACAGGAAGGAAACCACAGAGCAUUGUGGAGCAGAUCAUAUUUCUGCUGUCUCAGAGGAGGACAUUUCCCUUUUUCUUUUAGGGUCCAGUGUGCUUUGAAGAUGUCGCUGUUCGUUUCACGGACGAGGAGUGGGCGUUGCUGGAUCCUGACCAGAGAGCUCUGCAUAAGGACGUCAUGGAGGAGAAUCGUGGGAUCGUGGCCUCUCUUGGUAAGGCUCCCUGUGGGAUCGUCCUAUCUGCCUGGAAAUUCAAAAAAUACCUCUAUGUGAUGAACCUCAUAUAUUUUCACAGAGCUCAACAGCGCCCCCUACAACACCUGGGAACCUAACAUCCCCACAAAAAAUAGCAAAUUAUAGUCUUUUCUGUGAACAAUCUUCCUCCAGUUCUGCCUCCUUCUACCACAGUUGGGCUGAUCUGAACUGCCCAGGCAUCUUAAAUGUCAGCUUCAGAGUUGUUAGGAAAGAUAAGUAGCUUCUGUCAGGUUUUCUGUUUUUGUUUUUGCUCCUGUCAAUCUUGGGUUGACCAAAGAGACAACUGACAUUGUGGAUAGAGGGGAAGCCAUGACUGGGCCAAACAAAAUCCAUCCCAGAGAAGAGGCAGGCUUUUCGAAUCUCAGAUAAUAAUAAUAAUAAUAAUAAUAAUAAUUUGUUUAUACCUUGCCCAUCUGGCUGGGUUUCCCCAGCCACUCUGGGUGGCUCCCAACAGAAUAUUACAAGCACGACAAAACAUCAAACUUUGACAAUUCCCUAAACAGGGCUGGCUUCAGAUGUCGUCUAAAAGUCUGAUAGAUGUUUAUUUCCUUGACAUCUGACGGAAGGGUGUUCCACAGGGCGGGUGCCACCACUGAGAAGGCCCUUUGUCUGGUUCCCUGCAGCCUCACUUCUUGCAGGCAGAGAACCGCCAGAAGGCACUCGGAGCUGGACCUCAGUGUCAGGACUGAAUGAUGGGGGUGGAGAUUUUUUUUUUGGUAUACUGGGCUUGACCGUUUAGCGCAGGGGUCAGCAAACUUUUUCAGCAAGGGGCCGGUCCACUGUCCUUCAAACUUUGAUGGGGGCCGGACUAUAUUUUGAAGGGGGAGGGGACGAAUUCCUAUGCCCCACAAAUAACCCAGAGAUGAAUUUUAAAUAAAAGGACACAUUCUACUCAUAUCAAAACACACUGAUUCCUGGACCAUCUGUGGGCCAAAUUUAGAAGGCGAUUGGACCCAGGCCUUAGUUUGCCUACUCAUGGUUUAGGGCCUUAAAGGUCAGCACAAACACUUUGAAUUCUACUCGAAAACAUACUGGGAGCUAAUGUAGGUCUGGUGUUAUGUGGUCUCGAUGGCCCCUCCCAGUUACCAGUCUAGCUGCCGCAUUCUGGAUUAGUUGUAGUUUCCGGGUCACCUUCAAAGGUAGCCCCACGUAGAGUUCAUUGCAGUAGUCCAAGCGGGAGAUAACUAGAGCAUGCACCACUCUGGUGAGACAGUCCUUGGGCAGGUAGGGUCUCAGCUGGCGUACCAGAUGGAGCUGGUAGGCAGGUGCCCUGGAUACAAAAUUGACCUGUGCCUCCAUGGACAGCUGUGAGUCCAAAAUGUCCUUCAGGGACACAGUUGCCACAUUUUUAGUUUAGCCUCCAACACAGAAAAACAUGAAACAAUAAUAAUGUUCUGAUCCAAUAUAAAAAGUACAAUAACUUUAAAAUGAACAAUUUAUAUCAAACAAAGCCACAUUAAUAAUCAAUCAAAAUCUAAUAGUAAUUAUGUCGGUUAAUGGCAAACAACAAUGGUAAUGAACACAUACCCUACUCCAUUUACUGUAUUUUUCGCCCUAUAGGGUGCACUGGCCCACAGGGCACACCUAGUUUUUUGGGGGGGAAAUAAAGGGGGAAAAAAUAUUUGCAACCCUAGCCCCCAGAACAGGCUGCUAUCCACAAGCCUUCGGAGCCCGCAGGAACUCCCGCGGGCUCUGAAGGCUUGCGGAUAGCUUCCUGAAGCCUGGAGAGCGAGAGGGGUCCGUGCGCCCCGACCCCUCUCGCUCUCCAGGCUUCAGCGAAAGCCUGCAUUCGUCCCAUAGGAUGCACACACAUUUCCCCUUCAUUUUUGGAGGGGGAAAAGUGCGUCCUAUAGGGCGAAAAAUGCGGUAUUUCUUCCUCUAGCACAAAUUCAAUUAGCAUCUUUCGAUAACUGGGGCCUGCAUUGGUUCCUGAGUCUGAAUCCCUUUCUGUUUCCAUUGCAGAUUGUGAAGAAUUGGAAAUCAAGAAAAAGGGUGAUCAAGACAAAAUCCCCAGAGAGAAGCAAGGUAAAAAUUUGGAGUGUGGAGAGAGCUGCAAUCAGAGCUCCCAUUACACUUUCCAACAAACAAUUAUCAUUGAAAAGAAACCCUAUCAGUGCAUGGAAUAUAGAAAGAGCUUCCGUUACAGAAAUAGUCUCACUUUUCAUCAAAGAAUUCAUACAGGGGAGAAACCCUAUCAGUGCGUGGAAUGUGGAAAGAGCUUUACUGUGAAAAGAGAUUUCCUAGUACAUCAGAGGAUUCACAGUGGAGAGAAACCAUUUGAGUGUCAAGAAUGUGGAAAGAGCUUCCGUAACAAAAGCACUCUCAUUUCCCAUCAAAGAAUUCAUACAGGGGAGAAACCCUAUCAAUGCUUUGAAUGUGGAAGGAGCUUCAGUACCAGCUCCAAUCUCACUUCCCAUCAGAGAAUUCAUACAGGGGAGAAACCCUAUCAGUGCAUGGAAUGUGGAAAGAGCUUCAGUCAGAGGGCCAAUCUCACUUCCCAUCAAAGAAUUCAUGCAGGGGAGAAACCCUAUCACUGCUUUGAAUGUGGAAAGAGCUUCAGAAGAAGCUGCUUUCUCACUUCCCAUCAAAGAAUCCAUGCAGGUGAGAAACCCUAUCAGUGUGCGGAAUGUGGAAAGAGCUUCACUGAUAGCUCCUCUCUCACUUCCCACCAGAGAAUUCAUACAGGGGAGAAACCCUAUCAGUGUGCGGAAUGUGGAAAGAGCUUCACUGAUAGCUCCUCUCUCACUUCCCAUCAGAGAAUUCAUACAGGGGAGAAACCCUAUCAGUGUGUGGAAUGUGGAAAGAGCUUCAGGAAUAGCUCCAAACUCACUUCCCAUCAAAGAACUCAUACAGGGGAGAAACCAUAUCAGUGCAUGGAAUGUGGAAGGAGCUUCACACAUAGCUCCUCUCUCACUUCCCAUCAGAGAAUUCAUACAGGGGAGAAACCCUAUCAGUGCUUGGAAUGUGGAAAGAGCUUCAGACAGAGAGCCCAUCUCACUUCCCAUCAAAGAAUUCAUAUAGGGAAGAAACCCUAUCAGUGUGUGGAAUGUGGAAAGAGCUUCAGUACCAGCUCCAAUCUCACUUCCCAUCAAAGAAUUCAUACAGGGGAUAAACCCUUUCAGUGCUUGGAAUGUGGAAAGAGCUUCAGUACCAGCUCCAAUCUCACUUCCCAUCAAAGAAUUCAUACAGGGGAGAGACCCUAUCAGUGUGUGGAAAGUGGAAGGAGCUUCACUGUUAGCUCCUCUCUCACUUCCCAUCAAAGAAUUCAUACAGGGGAGAAACCCUAUCAGUGCUUUGAAUGUGGAAAGAGCUUCAGGAAGAGCUAUAAUCUCACUUCCCAUCAAAGAAUUCAUACAGGGGAGAAACCCUAUCAGUGCGUGGAAUGUGGAAAGAGCUUCAGUACCAGCUCCAAUCUCACUUCCCAUCAAAGAAUUCAUACAGGGGAUAAACCAUAUCAGUGCUUUGAAUGUGGAAGGAGCUUCAGGAAGAGCUCCAAUCUCACUUCCCAUCGAAGAAUUCAUACAGGGAAGAAACCCUAUCAGUGCUUUGAAUGUGGAAAGAGCUUCAGGGAGAGCUCCUUUCUCACUUCCCAUCAAAGAAUUCAUACAGGGGAGAAACCCUAUCAGUGCAUGGAAUGUGGAAAGAGCUUCUGUCAGAGAUCCAAUCUCGCUUUUCAUCAAAAAACUCAUAGUGAGGAGAAUCAUAGGAUCAUAGAAUUGUGGAGUUGGAAGUGA